AAUUGCAAGUGCGCGCGCACGCCAGUGGCCAUUUUGCUAAGGUCACUUAUUUUGGCUUCAGUUUAGGCAGUUCUGUGAACGGUGGGAUUUAUAUCGAUUUGGGCAGCAAACCCAAAAGUUAAGGUUUUUUCAGGACAACGUCUUUGCCGAGACAAACACAAAAUGCCAACGCCGUGUGCAGCAAUUGGAUGCCCGAAUCGCAACGACCGAGGAACACGCGCGAAGGGUAUCACCUUUCAUCGAUUUCCGACUGACAAAAAUAGGCAAAAAAAAUGGGUAGCCAACUUGAAACGAGGCCACUGGGAGCCCUCGCCGAAUGCUCAGGUGUGCUCCAACCAUUUCACACCCCAGUCGUUUGACAGAACAGGACAGACUGUUCGUCUUCGAGAGGGUGUAGAGCCAACCAUACUUUCAGUUUCAGAUCAACCUCCAAAGCAAUCUUCAAUUCAGAAUUUGCCACCAGUGCUUGGAACGUCACAGGAGAAGCAGAACAUUGACCCCGACGGAAUACCAAAGGUCCUUGGACGAUGUUUGAGGAGGAAGAACCCAGGAGAUCACACUUACGCCACAAGGGAGACCCCUAAACAGCUCAAGCAGAGACUGAACGAGGUGGUGGACAGGUUACAGGCCUGCAAGAAGAAGCUUAAAAUCGAACAGCAGAGGAGGCGGCGGUUGGCGCUCCGUGUGGACCGGCUGCACUCCGUGCUGGACAGUCUACGGCGCCGGCAGUACAUCACGGUGGACUGCGCCGAGAUGCUGGAGUCCUCUGUCAGCUCAAUGGUUCAAUUGUUGAAGGAAGGCCAGGGAACAGGACCUAACCACAAUGCAGAGGGCGAAUGGGAUGAUCUCUGACAGUCAAGUCGAAAUUUCAAGAACUCGGCCCAAUUUCACUGCGGCGCUAAACAGACGACUUCACACUAACAGAGGCUCCUUGUAUUUCUUAAAGACGGUGAAAAUUAAGCACUGCAAAAGAGACUUUUACCUCGGAGGAAAAACUCACUUAAUGUAGUGACAAAACUAUGGAAAUCUCUGUGUGCGUGCAACCUUAAGCACAGACAGCCCAAGCACCUCCAUAUUUAUGUUAAGUAACAUUUUCUGCUAAUUCUUAAGGGCCAUGAAAUAAGAUCCCCAGCAGUAACUGGAACAUGGUCUUGGGUUUUUCGACCGGGCAUUGGCAAGUUACAAGAAUGACGCACCCAGGAUAUGUUGGGGAAGGGGGGAGGGGCUUGGACCGAAAUUUACCCAUAAUAUAGCUCAAGAUGCUCGAGACCUUCCCCCAUAUAGCACCACAGAGGAAAUGGAUUUACAGCCUGACCGUGUAUCGGAGUGAACUAUUCAAGAUGUGUGUAUCUCUGUUUUUCAGAAAGUGACAAAAAACCUUGGAAGGAGGGUUGCCAUCCACCGGGGGGCGCCAUUGGUUACAAUGAUUCCUAACUGGACUUCAGUUUUUGCUGUAUUUAUUGUCAGUGCAUAUGUGUAUCGGUUAAUGUUCUGUUUCUUACAGCCAGAAAUUCUAGUAGUUCUCUUCUGUAGAAUAGUUCAUAGUGUGACAUUUUGGAAAUUCACAGGAACUGAAGUUGAGUCGAAUUGAAACAAAAUUAAGGGUGUUAAGUUCACAUGAGCGUUUAAUGAUCUCGACAGUGUCCAGUGUUGUAGUCGAGACCACUGAAGACCUCCAGUCUGGAUUUAAGCCACAAGCUAUUCAAAUGAACUGCAACAAGUAAUUUACAGUAAUUCUGGUAAUUUUGUAAUUACAUUUUUAUAGUAAAUACACGCAAUCAGCCCAUUUUGAACGCA